AUGGCUUCGAUGAAAGAUAUAUUCAAUCUUGGUCUAAAAGUUUUGAAACUAAAUGGUUUUUCCAAGGAUCAAACCGUUUUCGAUAAAUUUCAAUUAUACCUAACGAUCGUCGCAACUCUUGUUAUCGACAUUUUGAUUUUGUAUAAUUUAAAAAACGUUAACGUGAAUAUAGAGGAGAUAACGGUUUAUUGUGAAUCUGCAUGGUGUUUCAUAGAGAUGACUGCCUAUUUAUCUAUGAUGUUAUUUAACAAAGAUGGCUUUAUGUCCAUAAUAGAAAUGCAAAAGUACUUCUGGAACCACGCCGACUUUGGGAAACCGUUUGCUAAAACAUGUAGUAAAACUUAUAAAAUUUUCGGAGUUAUCCUUAAAAUGUUCCUUGCAUUCACUUGGAUAACCGCAGUUAUGGUCAACAUAAAAUCAUUAAUGUAUGGAGUAUUGCCGUACGAAUGUUGGAUUCCCGAAGGAAAAAGUUGGCUUAUGAUUAUUUCUAUAAUGCAAAUAUAUACUACUCUUUAUAUCGCUAUUACAGCACCGUUUCUAAUUGCUAUAUAUGCUGUAUCUAUGAUUGAGAUUUCGUUUCAGCUAGAGUUGCUCAAUAAGGCGUUCUCUGCAAUGGAGAACUUAAACGAUUUGAAGCGAUGUGUCAACUACCAUAACUUUUUGUAUAAAUAUUUCGUGCUUGUCAAGAAUACGUUUUCAUUUAUACAUAUCGUAGAAUACAUUAAAAGUAUAAUUCUGCUGUGCAUGGAACUACUGAUAUUUGCAGAUAAGAGACAAAUGUUUGAACUUAGAGUAAAGAGUAUGCUGUUUGUAAUAGUAAUUGUUAUUCAAUUAUCAUUUUACUGUAUACCAAGCAGUUGGGCAAAGAGUUCAAGUGAAAACUCUUCUUAUGCAGUGGCUAGUUCGAAUUUGGUGCUUCAUCCGGAGUUGACAAUACGAAAAAAUAUAAUUUUCGUUAUAAAAAGAUCCCAAAAGUAUUUUGAGGUCAAAGCUGGUGAAAUGUUUGAACUGGAUCUAAAUGCACUAGUACAGCAACAUAAAUGUAAAUGCGAAAAUAAAGGAGAUUUGGAAAGACUGUUGAUUUUUAAUCCAGAACAAUGUAGAUUAAAAUCCGAAGUAAAGUGGUCUUAG